AUGACCCAAAUCAACACGGAACCCUACCGCUCCAUGCAAACCUCGGGCUCCACCGAGCCCGUCUGGACACACAAACUGCCCUGGUCCCAGAUCCCCGAAUUCCUUUCCCUCGACAAAGACCUCGAAACCGACAUCGCCAUCAUCGGCGCCGGUAUCGCGGGUAUUUCCACCGCCUACGAGCUCGUCAAGCGCGGCAAGCAAGUCACGCUCAUCGAGGCCCGCAAUGUGCUUUCAGGCGAAACCGGCCGCACCUCGGGCCACUUGACCAACGAUUUGGACGACGGCUUUCUGGAAAUUGCCAAGAAGCACGGCGAGGACGGCGCCAAGCAGGCGGCUGCUAGUCAUGCGUGGGCCAGAGAUAGGAUUGGGGAGAUUGCCGAGGAGUUGAACAUUGAGUGCGAGUAUCGCCGGUUGCCGGCGUACGAUAUUAGCCAGUUCACCGUGGGCGAGAAGAAGCAUGAGGAUGAGUUGGAGGAGUUGAAGGAGGAGGCGGAGUAUCAGAGGAAAAUUGGGUUGGAGACGAGGUUUGAUCCCAACCUGACAGUCCGCGGCUGGACCUCCUCCAUCGACCAACGCGGCGGCAUGGUAGCCGACAACCAAGCUACCUUCCACCCCACCAAGUACCUCGUCGGCGUCCUCAACUGGCUCAAGACCCAGCCCAACUUCCAAUGCUACGCCCGCACCCGCGUCAUGGACAUUAAAGAAAAAGGCAUCGAGCUCUUGGGCAUCGGCCACAAGACCGUGGAAAUCCAAACCGAAGGAGGACACACCAUCAAAGCCGAAAACGCCAUUGAAGCCACCUGCGUCCCCCUGCAGAAGCUCUCAGUCAUCAUCCAGCUCGAGUUCUAUCGCUCCUACUGCAUCGCCGUGCGCGUGCCCAAGGGGUCCGUCGAGGACUGUCUGCUCUACGACAAUGCAGAAGCGUACAAGUACGUGCGCCUAACCGCCUGCGACGAAAAAGACGAUUACCUCGUUGUCGGCGGGUGUGACCACAAGGUCGGACAGGAGGAGGAGACUCCCCGCUUUGACGAACUGGAGAAGUGGACAAGGGAACGGUUCCCCCAGGCAGGGAGCACCGACUAUAAGUGGUCUGGCCAGAUUUUCGAGCCGGUCGAUUACAUGGGCUAUAUCGGCAAGAACCAGGGGUGCGACAAGAUUUAUAUUGUUACGGGUGACUCGGGCGAUGGGUUGACGCAUGGUGUGUUGGCGGGCAGAUUGUUGGCGGAUGAGAUUGACGGGGUCAGGAAUCCCUGGGCGGGACUGUACAGUCCCAAGCGCGUGGGGAGCAUGCUGAAGAGUCUGCCGAGUAUGGUGAGCCAUGAUUUGCAGAUCAAUACGCAGUAUAAGCGGGUGGUGCAGACGGAUAUUGAGGAUAUUGAGGAUUUGCCGAGGGGGUGUGGUGGUGUUUUGAACAAGGGCACCAAGAAGCCACUUGCUGUCUACAAGGAUGAGAAUGGCAACGUCAAGCAGUUUAGCGCUUUCUGCCCCCAUCUCAAGGGAGUCGUGUGCUGGAACCACGUCGAGAAGAGCUUUGAUUGCCCCGUGCAUGGUUCGCGCUUUUCCAAGGAGGGGAUUUGUGUGAUGGGACCGUCCAAGGCGGGUCUGGCGCCUGCUGAUGAGGCGGGUGAGAAGGAGCAGGUUGCUGCUGCUGCUUAGUUGUCUUUGUAUGUGUCUAUGAUGGGUAACUGAACGGGAAUGGGUUAUGAUAUGAUAAGGUCGUUUGGGGUUUGUAUGGGUUAUCAGGGAUUUCUAAUGAGGUACCAAGGAUCGGUUGUAAGUGUAGGUAUGGUUAUGUUCAUGAUGCUUUUGGGAUUGAUGAACUAUGAUGGUCGUCAAGUUGAUUCUGCUACAAGCUCUCGUGUCUCGAGCUGACUGGUCCAUACAAGAAUUGCUUUCAUUAAUGU